AUGGUGCUUAUACCCAAUAGUGAAAAACAUGUGAUGCAAUCAGCUUUAAAUGUUUUUCAUGAUGUUUGCAACAGGGAAGAUGAUUUCAGUAGCGAAGAUGAUUACAAUUUUAGCGAAGAUGAAUUCGACGAAGAAGACACAGAAGUAAUGUUAAUGGAGAUUAAUGAAAAUAAUAUUGCUCCCCAUUUCAAAGAUAUGGCUCUAGCAAUUAAGAAUCGAGAUGUUAAUGGACUUCAAAUUGCUAUAGAUAAUUUAACUGGAAAUAUAGACGAAAAUUCAAUAGAUGGAGAAACUGCUCUUCAUUAUGCAUGUCUUUGUUGUAGUCGAAAAUCUUUUGAGCCUAUGCAUAAAGCAGCAAGUGAAAAUAUCAAUAUUGUUAAACUAUUGUUAGAUAUUGUUAUAGAGAUAGAUAAUUCAGCUGGUAGAAGCAAAAUGAUACAAGCAGUUGAUAUAUAUGGUCAAACGCCUCUACACGAAGCAGCAUUAUAUGACAAAUUUAAAAUUGUAAUAUUAUUACUAGAAUUUGGUGCGUCCACUCAAGCACGUACCAAUGAAGGAAUGGUUAGUUUUUAA